CCGACCAUUGGCCGACGGAUUGUGAGACACCCAGAGAGCCAGAGAUCUCGGGAGUGUAUGAAGCUGACUAUCAAGUUCAGGCUCUCUUCGCCACGUAAAGUCAGUCUACGUUAGAUCAUGAUGAGUACAUCAGAGUCUUUGGAUCGUAUGGAAGUGUGUGAAAGCCUCUUAACAUGGAUCCAGACAUUUGGAGUAGAGGCUCCAUGCAAGACUGUAGAAGACCUGACAAGUGGUGUUGUCAUGGCACAAGUUCUACAGAAAAUAGAUGUAGUGUAUUUUAGUGAUGCUUGGAUUAGUAGAAUCAAGCCAGACGUCGGAGACAACUGGAGGUUAAAGAUCAGCAAUCUAAAGAAAAUCUUAAAAGGCAUCCUAGACUAUAUCCAGGAGGUCUUAGGCCAGGAUAUUAAUGACUUCCCACUACCUGAUGUUAAUCUUAUUGGAGAACACUCUGAUGCAGCCGAGCUUGGAAGGAUGUUACAACUUAUAUUGGGCUGCGCUGUCACCUGUGAACAGAAACAAGAAUACAUCAAAACCAUAAUGGUGAUGGAAGAAUCGGUGCAGCAUGUUGUCAUGACUGCCAUCCAAGAGCUGAUGACUAAAGAGACUCCAGCUACGGGAGGAAAUGACUCAUAUGUGGAUCUGGACAGACAGCUGAAGAAGACAGUUGAGGAGCUGAAUGAUGCUUUGGCUACCAAGGAAGAGAUUGCCCAGAGGUGUCGCGAGCUUGACUUGCAGGUGGCAGCCCUGCAAGAGGAGAAGAGCAGUUUGCUAGCAGAAAACCAGGUCUUAAUGGAGAGACUUAACCAGUCUGACUCCAUAGAGGAUAUAAACAGCCCUGCUGGACGCAGACAUCUUCAGCUGCAGACGCAACUGGAGCAGCUACAGGAAGAAACCUUCAGGUUGGAGGCAGCAAAAGAUGAUUACCGGAUCCGUUGUGAGGAGCUGGAAAAAGAACUUUUGGAUGUGAAGUCCCAGAAUGAAGACCUUACAUCACUGGCUGAUGAGGCCCAGUCUCUAAAAGAUGAGAUCGAUGUCCUCAGGCACUCAUCUGACAAGGUGUCAAAACUGGAGGGCACUGUGGAACACUACAAGAAGAAACUGGAGGACAUGGGGCUGCUCAGAAGACAAAACAAGCUAAUGGAAGAGAAAAACACAGCUUUAAUGCAGACUAAUGUUGGCUUAGAGGAAGAGCUACGAAAGGCGAAUGCUGCCAAAGCCCAGUUGGAGACAUACAAGAGACAGGUGGUUGAACUUCAGAACAGACUGUCAGAGGAGUCUAAAAAGGCGGACAAGAUGGAGUUUGAGUAUAAACGCCUCAAAGAGAAAGUCGAUUCUUUACAAAAAGAAAAAGACCGUAUGCGAAGUGAGAGAGAUUCAUUGAAGGAAACUAUUGAGGAGCUACACUGUGUUCAAGCUCAAGAGGGACAGCUCACAUCAGGUUUAUUCCCACUGGGUAGCAACGAUGGUUCUGAUUCACUGGCAGCUGAGAUCACCACUCCAGAGAUGCGAGAACACGUGAUUCGUCUUCAGCAUGAAAACAAGAUGCUGAAACUGGCUCAGGAGGGAUCAGACAAUGAGAAGAUCGCACUGUUGCAGAGUCUACUCGAGGAUGCCAACAGGAGAAAAAAUGAACUGGAGACAGAGAACAGGUUGAUAAAUCAGCGCUUGAUGGAGGAACAGAGUCAGGUAGAGGAGCUACAGAAGAAUCUUCAAGAACAGGGUUCAAAAGCAGAUGAUUCUUCUAUUUUGAAGAAGAAAUAUGAGGAGCACAUGGAAAAAGUACAAGAGCUGAAUAAUGAGCUGCUGAAGAAAAAUGCCUUCAUUGAUGAAAUGGAGCCGAAAUACAACACCAGCAUCCAACGAGUGGAGGAGCUGGAGGAGGCCUUGAAGAAAAAGGAUGAAGACAUGAAACAGAUGGAGGAGCGAUACAAGAAAUACCUCGAAAAGGCCAAGAGUGUGAUCCGAACGCUGGACCCUAAACAGAACCAAGGUUCAGGUCCUGAAGUCCAAGCCCUGAAAAACCAGCUGCAGGAGAAGGAGAGGAUGUUGCAUUCACUGGAGAAAGAAAUGGACAAGACAAAGAGCCAAAGAGAUCACGAGGAGAAACUGAUUGUGUCAGCCUGGUACAAUAUGGGUAUGUCUCUGCAGAAGAAGGCUGCUGAAGAUCGACUUGCCAACACUGGCUCUGGUCAGUCUUUCCUGGCCCGGCAGAGACAAGCCACCAGCACACGGCGCCAGUAUCCCGGCCACGCCCAGUCAGCUACCGCCAGCAAUGUCCCUGCAUGACUGGCACACCAAUGACCUGCCCGAGCCUUGUGUAGCCUGGCCUGUCCUUUAUGUGGCCUACACUGACCCCGGCUGGGCUAGGCUGCGGCACGCGUGCAUGAACUACCUGCCUGUUUGCAUGACUUUGCAUUGACUCAAGUCUGCGAAUAACCAGCCCACUAGCAGCAGCGCGAGCACUAACAACCCUCUGCGGUGUCACGCAUUAUAACCUCCAGACAAGCCCGGGGAGGAACGGGAUUGGAAAAGAAAACCUUCGCUCUCCUUUCCCCUGUUAAUUUUUCCACCAUUCUGACUCCUUUCCUCACAUCCCGAUGUGCUUUGUUACAUUCCCUCCUCCUCCCCUCUUGUAGCCUUCAUAAACAUGCUGCUUAUUUGCUUUCACACUGCAUCAAGUCUGUUACACCUGUGUUACAAACACCCAGGAAAAAGGAGUGGAGUAACUCAGUUAUCUGUCAGUCAAGUUAUGGGUUUAAAUAGGCCUGUUCUCCAGUGUUUAUGUCUAACUUGAUGUUGUCUGGCUGCUUAGGGAUACCUCAAUGACAUAUUCCUGCAUAAUCUGUUUAUUUGUGUGGCUCAAGGAUUGGGGUAAUAUUUGAGAGGUAUAACCUGCAAAUCAGUCCGCAUAACAAAAAAGGACUCCAUUCUGUUUUUAACUUCUACAGUAAGUAUUUUUUAUGAAAGCCCUGAACAUGUUGCUAGAUUGCAUCUUAAAAGUGCUUUUACCUCAAGUAUUGAAUGCAACCAGUUUUGGACUAAAGGCAACGAUGCUGCCCAAAAAGUGUUUGCAGAGAUAUAAAUAUAAAGUGUUUAAAUGAAAGACAUUGUUACAGAUGUGUUUUGAAAAGCAGUAAAAGCCCCCAUUAAGCCUGCUUGCAGUUUUUUGUUAUGUUUUGUUUUGUAAAACGCACAUCUACACAGUGUUUCUGAUAUUAGCCAAAUUUCAGUUGAUUGCUAAUUGAUUAAUAAUUUUUCUUAGGAGCAAAUAACCUGUGCCCUACCUUACCUCGGUGUAUUUUACCUUGCAUUUGACCUGCCUUUGAAAACUACUGGUAAUAUGGACAUGAAAGCAUUAGCUCAUGCAGGCUAAUGUGCUGUCUAUUUACUUAAAGUAAAAUCGGUUCAUCGUACUAAAAGGAAAAUGGUCUCCAAUGGUCCUGCUGACCAUAGACUCCUUCAACACAUAUAUUUAUAUUUAUUUUUUUUAAAGCCCUUAACAUCAGACAGUUGAGAGGCGUCCUGCAUUUGGACACUUACUAUUUAAACAAGUUACAGUAUUAGUAAUGGGGAAACACUGAUGUUACUGUGAGUAAUAUUGUACAUUUUAUGUAGCUUCUUUAAAUAAAUGUCAUUUUUUCCCCCUAAAGAUUAUGAAACUAUUGAAAAGCGGGGACUCAAGGUUAUAUGUAUGUCAAAGGUAUGACUGCAUACAUUAAUUUAAAUAAGAGGGAUGGUUGCAUCAUCCAAUUUAGUGCCUUUUUUAAUUUGUUAUAUGAAAACAUUAAUUUGGUCCUUUCCUCUUGGUAACAAUAGAUCUUACGCACACAUUAAUUUUGUUAUUUGGGGAAAAAAUGUUAAAUAUGGAUUUUAACUUCAUAAAUGAUUAUGUUGGGCUUAAUGUGGGCUUUUCUUCUCUGUUUUUAAUCUAUUUUACUUCUAUUUGAUAUGUUACAUAAGCUUAAAUGGUUCAUGGUGUGCAUUUUUUUUUUUUUUUUUUUUUUUUUUUUAUCUUAACAGCUUAUUCUUUUGCUGCUUGUACAGCAGUGUUAAACUUUUAGUAGUAGUAUUAUAGCACCACUCAUAUUGUUACAGUGGAUGUAAUAUAUCCAUAGAGAUCAUUUAAAUACUUGUCUUAUGCAACAAAACAAAGAUAAGGUUUGUGAACAAGGGUGUUUAGAAAAGUGCAAAGUUAUAUGUACCUCCGGUUUCUUAAGUAGGAGAAUUACUUAGAAAUCAUUUUAUUUAAAAAGUUUUUUUUUCAUUUGCUUUAACCAACGAAUCACUCUUUAUUUUUAAUUCAAUAAUUUACUUCAGCCCUAAAAAUGGUCAUGUUUUUUAUUCACUGCAAAGACCGGUGGGUUUUUUUGGUUUUGUUUUUCUUUCUUUUUUGUGGGAAGAGAGGUUCAUUAGCUCUUGAGGAUGGAUGUUUAACUGCAUUAAAAUGUUAUCUCUGCAAGUCAUGUUUGUUUUCCAAAACUGAGUAGUGGAUGAAUAUUUUCAAGUAUGAAGUCAGUAGCAAAGUACAGCGGUGUCUUGUCCCAGAGUUUUUUCGAAACCAUUAGCCUGUGACCUCUGCAGUUUCAGCUGUAAAUGUUAUUCCGUAGAACUCUUAACCGUCCAUCCCCAUACGCUGGUAAGAAAUCUGUAUAUAAUGGAACACAUCCACAUUGUGGUUGACCUGUUGAGAUUUAUAUCAGGGAUUUGAGGAAACCUUUUUUUUUAUUUUUAAAUCUCCCUUAAGAAAAAGCACAAUGUCUUAACCCCUUUUAUCCCAGUGAAAUCAGCUCCUGUGUUUUGUUGCUCUUAUUUGCAUCUGUAUGUUCUUUAAUAAUACAUCAAAUCGGCUAGUUUGGACUACUUUCAGACCUCGUCAAUGCCACUUUAUCGUCAGUACAAACAUAAAGGUGGCAUUAUUACCUAAUGCUGGGGUUAUUACUCAUUGCUUUCUAAUUAACAGAACUCUAAUUGAGAAAGGCAGUGAUCCUACAAAACUCUGUCCUAAUGUGGUGCAUUUUUCUUUUAAAAUGUGCUUAAGCUGAAAUGACUACCCAGUAUUCUCCAUUGUUAGCUGGCUGCCCAUCUACAGUGGAGGCCAGUCAAACUGUAUUAGAAAGAAAAUAUGAACAGGGAGCUGUUAACAAGUCCGAAUCAUAACGUGCAGUGUUUGCUGUAGUGUUUUUUUUGUUUGUUUGUUUUUUAACUCGGUGAAAAAGAAAAAAAAUCAUAUUGAAGUAGCAAAUAACCUUCCAUUUGCCAAGUUUUAUAUAGCUUGUAUACAAACACACUGUACAUAAGUAUGUGACGGUGACUUGGGAAGCGUGUGGACAUUUUAAGAAUGAGGAAUAUAGAAAUUGUGUCUACUUCGAUGGAUUUCAUAUAGCACCUGUCCAAUGAGGGCUUACUGAUGAAAACGUGCUUCCUACACUGCUAAAAUGACAUUGUAAAUAAAGCUUGUAUAAAACUGG